AUCUUGGCUCGCGUAAUGACGUCAUCACCAUGCGCCCAGACUCGAGCGAUGCAUGUGCGUGCAUCAGCUAGAAGUUUUCUGUUGUUCCUGGAACCCCAGAGUCGCUUCAGGAGGCAUAUUGUUCGCUUAUUUUCAUCUGCUAACAUUAGGAAACCUUUUACUCACCGUCUUAUUCAUCCGUGGUCUCAACAGGGGGAUUUAACGAUGGAGGAGCAGGACACAACCCCUGAAGCUCCGUCAGGUGGGGACACAAACACCGGGAAACGCAAACACGACGACGAGCCGGGCCCCCAGGAGACAGGCGGCCGGGGAAAGAAGCGAAGAGGAGCGGGAGGGAAGAAGCUCCGACCAGGGGAGAGAUACGUCCCACCGCCCCAGAAACGGAACCCGGGGGUCAGCUUCAGCCAGGAACACUUCGACGAAACAUCCUACUUCUUCGAAGGCGGCCUGCGCAAAGUUUGCCCGUAUUACUUUGACUUUAAAACCUACUGCAAAGGCCGGUGGAUCGGGAAAAGCCUGCUGGAGGUGUUCAAAAGCGAGUUCAGAGCGGAGUCCAUUGAGUACUAUGAGAAGGCCACUAAAGAGGGCCGCAUCCGGCUCAACGAGAGUCCUGUGGAUGACCUGUCCGUGGUGCUCAGGAAUAACGACCACAUGAGGAACACCGUGCACCGCCAUGAGCCUCCCGUAAUCGGCGCGCCGCUGAAGAUCCUGGUGGACGACGGGGAAGUCCUCGUGGUCGACAAGCCAGCUUCCAUCCCCGUCCAUCCGUGCGGCCGUUUCCGCCAUAACACGGUGAUCUUCAUCCUGGGUAAAGAGCACGGCGUCUCCAAGCUGCACACUGUCCACAGGCUGGACAGGCUCACCUCCGGGGUGCUGCUGUUCGCCCGGACACUGGAGAUGUCCAAGAAGCUGGACCAGCUGGUGAGGGAUAGACAGCUUGAGAAGGAGUAUGUGUGUCGAGUAGAGGGGGAAUUUCCUGAGGGCGAGCUGAUCUGUGAGGAGCCCAUCCUGGUGGUCUCCUUUAAAAUCGGGCUCUGUCGCGUCGACCCGAAGGGAAAAGAGUGCAGAACCGUCUUCCAGAGGCUCAGCUUCAACGGAAAAACCAGUGUAGUCCGCUGUUUACCGCUCACCGGCCGCACACACCAGAUCCGAGUCCACCUGCAGUACCUGGGCUUUCCCAUCCUCAACGACCCCAUAUAUGGGUCCCAUGCCUGGGGCCCCCACAGGGGCAAAGGGGGCCUGGUGGGGAAGAGCGACGAAGAGCUCCUGCAGGCUUUAGUGGAAGAACAUCGCUCUCAGGAAAGUUUACACCUGCUGGACUUUAUGGACGACAGCAGCGCUGUGAAGGAAGCAGAGAAAACAAACACUUUUCCGGCACAAACGGAGGAUUUCUCUGAGAAAGAAAACUCCAGCCAGGUUCCACCAGAGGAGCAUCAGAGUACUGGAUCAACCGGAGCCGAAUCGGGUCAGAAAAGUCCCGCAGGAAGCCGGGACCACCUGUGCAGCGAAUGCAAGCUGGUGCGACCGGACCCCACGGAGAAGGAGCUCAUCAUGUAUCUCCACGCUUUACGCUACAAAGGACCGGACUUUGAAUAUUCCACACAGUUACCCAACUGGGCCGAAGCGGACUGGGAGGAGACCGAUCUCAGCUGACCUCAUUUAGCCACAUUUUUUUAUUUAUUUUCUCUCAAUUUCUUGGGUUUUAUUUUGAUACUUCUCAGGAUGUUUUCUGAAGAAGAUGCUGUAUAACACCUCAGUGGGAUGAUUGUUUGUAUUUAAUUUCAGACAUCUGAAAUAAACCAACCUCUGCUGCU